GUCAGUGCCGCCGGACGACGCGCAGCGUGCGCGGUUGCUGCUACCGCCGGCCGUGAAGCGCCCGCCUCGGACGCGUUCUGCCCUGACUUGCCACGCGCUUCGCCGCCCCUCGUCUCCGAGCGCAGCGAGCCUCGUCUCCUGUUCGGUGCUGACGGUGUUUUGUGUGACCCAUCGGCGAUUUCUUCUCAUUUACUCCGCUGAGCGGACCAUUUACCAGCAACAAUCGGCAGUCACUGUGUAUCGUCAGAAGACGCGAGCAGCCGUCUCGUUCCACAUCCGGCAGCAAUUGCCUCCACUUAUGGAAAAAAGAAAUUGGGGACAUCUGCACAGCUUUUAUAGAAACAUAUAGUAUAGUGCCGUGAAAAAGUAAAUCUUAAGGCCUUCGUGUAGCUCUAGUGUUGUGUCGGCCAUUAAGUGUUUACCUAGUCCCACCAGCGAAUAACGCAGCAACAUCCGUUUUUCGCAAUAAGCACGGAAAAGUUGGCCCCUACCCCUUUUACUACAGAGUAUGACCGCCAGUUGAAAAGCAGACGACGCCGAAGUAGACAGGUCGCAGAAAAGGUUGCAGUGGCCACCCGGCACCACAGGAGGGCUGUGUACACCGUUCUGAAGAAGCGAGGCAGGAAAGAAGGCAACUGACUCACCAACGUGAAGCUAUAGAAAGAAUUCUCCGCUGUGCACCGGCUUGCAAAAAUAAUAAUAAUAAUGCCGCCUUAGACACCUCGCAACACCAAACCACCUCAACUGUAUAAGCAGUGUCAGUUCGCUACGGACACUACCCGAAAUGUGAAACAAUCGCGGGACCAGUCGCCCAUAUUGGUCGCUUGUGCUGUUAAGAAAUCGCUAAUUGGUCACAUGAAGGGGCCCAUUUCAAUACACGUCCUCCCAAAAUAUAUUGUGUCUGGGCUACAUGGUGAGAAUGGUCCGAGUUUUCUCAUAGCUGUGCUUUCUGACUCCGUGCGCCAAUAGAGUUCCGACCCAUUGAGCUUUCGACGCCCUAUACGAACCACAACUUUAAACAAAGGCCGGCCAACAACGCUUUUACGCUGUGAGUGGAUCCUACAAGUUUGGACCUUCUUCGAGAGAAAGCCUCCCUCACUAGCUUCGCCAUUGUCAAGACAACACAAAGUCUUCUAAUUUCGGACUCAGAUUAUCCUGAGUGACCCAGGAACCGCGAUGCAGAUGAGUCUACUCGAUGCUGCCAGGAAAGACUGCGAGGCUAACGACAGCAGCGCUGUCUUCGACUCGGGCGGAAGCCUGCGAUGUCCGCAAACAUGGGAUGGUUUGGUGUGCUGGAGGGCGACGCCAGCCGGCACCAUGGCCCGGACACAGUGCCCGAGCUACGUCUUCGGCUUCGACACAUCAGAAAUAGCCACGAAGAAGUGCUUGGAAAAUGGCACGUGGUUUUUCAACCAAACAAUGAAUCGAACGUGGACCAACUACACCCUCUGCGCACCGGAUCAAUACAUACCUUCCGAGAACAUAUCCAUUUUUGAGCCUCACCUGACUACCAUUAAACUCAUCUCGAAAAUUGGCUACAGCGUAUCGUUGGUCACCCUAGUCGCUGCAUUCGUGAUACUGGCGUCUAUCAAGCGCCUGCGCUGCCCCCGUAACAGCCUGCACAUGCAUCUCUUCCUGUCCUUCAUCCUGCGGGCGCUUGCAUUUCUGCUCAAGGACGCACUUUUCGUUGAAGGUGUCGGACUUAGCGGGAACGUCGACUUCAAUAAAGAGAACGUCGACUGCAAGGUGUUCACCAGCUUCUGGCAUUACGUGCUCAUGGCCAACUACUGCUGGAUCCUCAUGGAGGGCCUCUACCUUCACAGCCUCGUCUUUCUCGCUUUCUUCACGGACAGCUCCAGCAUAUUGCGAUACGUCGCUCUAGGUUGGGGCCUCCCAGUACUGUUCAUUGUUCCUUGGGUUGUUGUUAGGGCGACUCUGGAUGAUACCCUCUGCUGGACGACGAACCCGAGACAAGAUUUGUUCUGGAUCAUACGUGGGCCAAUCACCGCUUCCAUUGUGGUGAACUUCAUCCUGUUUCUAAACAUCACGCGUGUGUUGUUCGCCAAACUAUUUGCCUCGCAAACGCCACAAGCAAGGAAAUACCGCUACAGGAAGUGGUUCAAGUCGACGCUCGUGCUCGUGCCCCUGUUCGGCGCCCACUACGCCUUCCUGCUGGGCAUGUCACUGGCUGCCGCCGGGGACUUGCUCGAACUCGUGUGGCUGUACAUCGACCAGCUGUUCUCCUCUUUCCAGGGGUUCGUGGUGGCGCUGCUGUACUGCUUCUUGAACGGCGAGGUGCAGACGGAGCUCCGCAAACUGAUCCAGAGAUGGCGCUGCGAUCGGCGAGGACCCGGCCGAGGCGACAAGCAGCUCCAGCAUCGCCACUCGCUCUUCACGCAAUCUGUCACGUUCCUCAGCAGAGGUCGGAGUUCCAUCCAAUCAUUGCACUCCGUGGACAAGCGUGAAACCAAGAGCCCCUCUCCCAACUCUGCAAUGAAGGCCCGCUCCAGCCAGAGACUGCUGAGCAAUGCCGACCAGCUGGACAUCGCCGGACGCAUGGAGGAGUAUCAGGACAGCCCGAGGGAUGACGGAGGACACGAGGACAGGACAACGCCUGUCAGCCAGCACAAUGGCGAAAUAGCAACGCGAUGGGAUAGUCCUGAGCCCGUGGACACGAGCAAGGACAACCUGCUUGAGAAGGAGACCUGUCUUUAAGCCGACAUAGCUGUGGUCGUGCGCUGCAAACUAUCUAGCUUAAGUUGGCGCUGUCCUUGAUUAUUCUCAAGAUACGACUUCAGUGUAUGAUAAUGUUGCCAACCAGACAGAAAGGAAAAAAAACGCAGCCUUGCCAGCAAGGCUGCCGUGUGCAGCUUCCGCCAGAGCUUACUCGACGUGCACCUUACUUUUUCGUUAUGCCUUGCGCUGGUUCAAUUUGAUGUUGCAGUGUCGAAAAUAAAGGUGUGUCACUUUUCCACAAGUCAGGACCGGGCGCGCCGUGAAACACCAGCUUCGCGAACAGAACGUAACGGUCGGAACCGCAGAAAGUUCGCGCUUUAAUGCCACAUUUGCUUUGAAACUAGUUUGUGACAGCGAAAUCCGGUACAGUUGACCCCGCAGUUCUACUGUACUUACGAAGUCAGGAGCGAAGACAGCGAAGAGUGCCACCUCUCAUGACCAUUGGCUUUUGAAGUGUGUCAAUCGGGUUCGUGCAGCGGUGUUUAAUCGCGCGACGCGGUUGCCAUCGACAUGCAUGCCGAAGAUAUAAAGCUUACCUUAACAGUACCGGCCAUAAGUUAAAACAUUUUGCAAUGACAGUUGUGCGUAGCAUUCCGUACUUACUUUAUCUGCGUAGGUGUCCGCGUUUUAUGAAGCAUGUCAUCAAACACAUGCGCAGUAUAACAAUACACCACAAAGCAAUUUUAGCCAAUGUAUACUCCGUUUCAAAAAAGCUCUUCGAAGAUAGCGUACUUUAGAGGUUCGAAGGUGGUCACAUUGUAACAUGCUAAUUCCUAUGUUCACAUCCUGUUUACUGGAAAUCCCUUAUGAUAGCACAUCCUUUGUUUAACCCUGCACCUUUCUAUAUCAAACCCGCCGUAUGCUCCUAAAGUUGUCUGUGCUAGUCAAUAGCUAAAACGAAAUGGCGUCAGCACAGCGUUUUGUCCACAGCAUGUUCCUUGUGUUGUGCAGGCCGCUCUAUCUUGAUGCUCGCACUUAUCUGCGAGCUCGUUUUAACGCGAUAGCGUGAAGGGCCCCGUGUCGCAGAAAAUCCGGUGUUGGCGUCGGUGUGCGGCGUCCGUGGCUGAGAAAAUCAUCCCGAACCACCCCGACCACGCAGGCCCUCCGCGUGGCGCAGAGUUGUUCUGAACUACUUGAAUUUCUCAAAGUAAAAUCCGUCAGAAAAGUCGUAAAGUACGACUUAACCACAACCUACAGACAUGAUAGCGUCGGAUUGUAAUUUGAAUGUACGAGAAAACAUAAUUCUUUUACAAGGAAACUCAAACACAAAUCCCUUUUCCAGCAUUUCUACCAUAGAAUUAACAGUGGCGCGCCCGGGUAGAUUACUUGCAAAAACACCAUCCAGGUGGCGCUCGCCUCCUCGGCAGGUCAAACUCGGACUUAGCCUGCCUAAUGCGUUUUGGACACGCGCGGACUCGGCGCAACAGCAAAACAAUUAAUAAAAUAAUAAAAAAGGUCCUCGAGCCUUCACAUUUCCAUAUAAGCCGCCUUAUAUUGCCCCUGUAAAAAUGCCUUCCCAGCAAUGCAUUUGUGUUGAAAAGUGAAGCCGAAUUUAAAGGGAUCGGUGUUAGCUUGGUUUUUGUAAGGUAGCUUUCCCACGUUGUAUGUUGCAGUGAAGCCUACUCAUAAAGAAAAAUGCGAUGCGAACGGGGCCCGAUUACGCUGUCGCGUUCCACUCUUAAAGGCGAAGCUUAAGCGUCCUCCAAUUUUUCUUCUGCGGUCUGUUUUGAGCCACCUGUUGAUGUUCUCUGAUGGAUCAAUUGUGCACCUGCUUGUGCCGUUGCUGUUCCCCUGUCUGACGACCGAAACAU